AAGUUUCACUUUUUGUCUGUGGGUCCGCUCCCGGCCCCCGCGCGAGCUUUCCCGGGACAAGUAGCGUUAGCAAGGAGGGGAGAGCCGGGCGCUGCAAGGUGAGGACAUCGAGGCUCAGAAACAAAGCCGAAGACAGAACACAGUCACCUGCUUCUCAUUUGAGGACUUUGUUCAUUGUUCUACUGGGCACUCAUAGGAGGGAAGCUCUUUUUCCUUAAUUGACACUAGCAUUGCAGUUUGCCGAACCUUGCGUCCACUGACCAUUUGAAGAGCUAGUUAUCUGAGAGUUGUACAUCUAUCACCAAAAGCAAUUUUGGAACAUUUUCCUCACCUCAAAAAGAAAUCCACACCCACUGGCAAUCACUCCUUAUUCUUCAGAUCUCCUUCACCAAGUCCUGAACAACCGCUAAUCUGCUCUCUUCUCUGUAGAGUUGCCUAUUCUGGACAUUUCCUUUUCAGAUUCUGACAAUGUCUCAUCCAUCUUGGCUGCCACCCAAAAGCACUGGGGAGCCCCUUGGCCAUGUGCCUGCACGGAUGGAGACCACCCAUUCCUUUGGGACUCCCAGCAUUUCAGUGUCCACACAACAACCACCCAAGAAGUUUGCACCAGUAGUUGCUCCAAAGCCCAAGUACAACCCGUACAAACCUGGCGGUGAAGGUGAUUUUCUUCCACCCCCACCUCCACCUCUAGAGGAUCCUGGUGCUCUUCCAUCAGUCUCUGGAAACUUCCCUCCUCCACCGCCCCUUGAUGAAGGUGCUUUCAGGACACAGGGAAAUCCUGGAGGCAAGACCCUUGAGGAGAGACGUUCUAGCCUGGAUGCCGAGAUAGACUCGCUGACUAGCAUCUUGGCUGACCUUGAGUGCAGCUCCCCCUACAAGCCUCGGCUCCCACAGGGGUCUACUAGUUCGACAGCCUCUCCUCCAGUUUCCACUCCUGUCACAGGACAUAAAAGAAUGGUUAUACCAAACCAACCCCCUCUAACAGCAACCAAAAAGUCUACACUGAAACCCCAGCCUGCACCCCAGGCAGGACCCAUCCCUGUGGCGCCGAUCGGAACACUAAAACCCCAGCCUCAACCAGUCCCCGCCUCCUACACUACGGCGUCCACCCCUUCAAGGCCUACCUUCAAUGUGCAGGUGAAGUCAGCCCAGCCCAGCUCGCAUUACAUGGCUGCUCCUUCAUCAGGACAAUUUUAUGGCGCAGGCCCGGGACCCCAGGGCUAUAACACUCAACCAGUUUCUAUCUCUGGGCAAUGCCCACCUCCUUCAACACGAGGGGGCAUGGACUAUGCAUAUAUUCCACCACCAGGACUUCAACCUGACCCUGGGUACGGGUAUGCCCCCAACCAAGGACGCUUUUAUGAAGCCUAUUGCCCAUCAGGGCCUGGCUAUGGGGGCAAAAAUGACUCUGAUCCAGCUUAUGGCCAACAAGGGCAUCCAAAUACAUGGAAGCGGGACCAAGGGUAUACUCCUUCUGGAACAGGAAACCAGAACCCAGCUGGGAUGUAUCCAGUUACUGGUCCCAAGAAGACCUAUAUCACAGAUCCGGUUUCAGUGCCCUGUGCACCACCACUGCAACAAAAGAAAGCAGCCUUGGGGGGAUACAAGAAUAUUCUGAUGCAAGGUGGACAGACAGGAUCCAUGGGGCCUCCCACUGUUUCCCCAUCAUUCCGCCCUGAAGAUGAGCUAGAACACCUAACCAAGAAGAUGCUGUAUGAUAUGGAGAAUCCACCUGCUGAUGAAUACUUUGGCCGCUGUGCUCGCUGUGGGGAAAAUGUAGUCGGUGAAGGGACAGGAUGCACUGCCAUGGAUCAGGUCUUCCAUGUGGAAUGUUUUACCUGCAUCAUCUGCAACAACAAGCUCCGAGGACAGCCCUUCUAUGCCGUGGAGAAGAAAGCCUACUGUGAGCCCUGCUACAUUAAUACCCUGGAGCAGUGCAGCGUGUGCUCCAAGCCCAUCAUGGAGCGGAUCCUGCGAGCCACCGGAAAGGCCUAUCAUCCUCACUGCUUUACUUGUGUGAUGUGCCACCGCAGCCUUGAUGGGAUCCCAUUCACCGUGGACGCUGGUGGCCUCAUUCACUGCAUUGAGGACUUCCACAAGAAAUUUGCCCCCCGAUGUUCUGUGUGCAAGGAGCCUAUCAUGCCUGCCCCAGGCCAGGAGGAGACUGUCCGGAUUGUGGCUCUCGAUCGCGAUUUCCAUGUUCAUUGCUACCGGUGUGAGGAUUGUGGUGGUCUCUUGUCUGAAGGAGAUAACCAAGGCUGCUACCCUCUGGAUGGACACAUCCUCUGCAAAACGUGCAACUCCGCCCGCAUUAGGGUGCUGACGGCCAAGGCCAGCACCGACCUUUAAAUUCAGUUGCCUGCUUACCUGCUUAGCUGGUGGCGCUGAGAAGAAAGAAGAAACACAAGAAAAAAGAUAAGAAAAGAAAUGGGAAAAAUACAGGAAGGCAAUUGGGACAGUCUCUGUUCUUCAUCUAAUAUUAACCUUUCUUUAGAAACACAUAGAUUAUGAGAUUUUUUUUUUAAGUUCUCACCAAAUACACAUUUCACAUUUAAUCAUGUAGGACCUUGAUGGGCCUUUGUUCCCAAGGACUCCCACAUUUUUGCACGGAUUAUACUCCAUCCCAUUCACUUCUGCAUUCCUGUAACUUUUAAUCCCUAUGUUUGUCUCACUUUUCAUCUGGUUGAAUGGCUUUUUUUAGUGUGGUAUUUGCUGUCACACAGUUUUUCCUGGGUGAGUCUGCCAACUCACAGGUGCUUUUAGGCUUAAAGGUUCCAUCCUGUCACUUCCACGUUGCCUGUGAUCAUAAAGAACAGUCAUUUUUUCUCUGUGUA